AUGGAUUUUGGAGACAAAUUUGAGGAUCGUAAAGGAUCUCUUGCUCUCCGCUCAACUCAAAAGACAUAUGCCAGACAUGUGUUGGUCUGCAACUGGUAUCAGCACAGGGAGGCGGAGCCUAAAGAUUAUGAUAUAGAUGCUGUACCACAAGGAGAGCGGAAAAACUUGCUGCGCUCAACGUAUAAACGCCUUUCAAGCCUUAGUGAUGGAGAUUGGACUACCACUACAGAGUCGUUUAUGUCACAAAUUAAUUUAAAGGAUGAUUAUCGACUGAGGGAAAGGAAAUCAUUAAUGGACAUGAAGGAUACCAUGACAGAGUUUUUUGGGAGAACUUCUGGCUGCCCUGAGGCAAACCAUUGCAAUGCUCUACCAAGGCACCAUCCAGACCACUUCAAGAUGUUUCUGGAAACAACAUACACUUAUGACUUCCCUCCGCCUUACCAUUAUACUCUGAGUUCUAAAGAGGUGCCAGAGAGAACAGUCGACUUUAGAAAGUGCCAUUCCCAGUUUGUGGAUAGGGAUGAUUAUCGUCACUGCGGCCGGAAUACCUGGCUGGAUGAGAGUGGUAUUUACCCCAACUCUGAACUCAAGAGAAUCCUCUUCCCACCAUUCAACCCAAUACCUUCUCGCCUGAACUAA